AUGAAAAUUUUACCUGUUGUAUCGACUCAUGUCGUACCUGGUCAAACAGAUGUUUGUUAUACAAGCAAUGGAAAUUAUUAUAUUACAUGUGGUCAAGAUGGUGAUGUUCAUGUUUUCAAUACGGAAUCUGUUAAAGUCAAAUCUAUUCAUUGCGAUAAUCAAUGUUACUGUUUAGCAGUUCAUGAACGUUAUCUCUUUGUUGGAACAAAUCAAAAUGAAGUACAGAUUCGAUUAUUUCCUCAGGUUGAUUCUCUGUCUGAUUUUCUUCAUGUUAAUCAUCCUGUAUCAGCAGUUUCUUUAUCAAAUUCUUCUCUUUGUGUUGGAACAAGAGAUUUUAAAGUACUAAUAGUUAAUUUAAAUGAUGAUCCAAACAAAAUGAAGUAUUUCAUUGGUCAUCAAGCACCAAUCCUUGCUGUGAAUGUAUAUGAAGAAAGAAAAUUGCUGGCAACAUCAUGUUGUGAUGGAUUUGUUCGAAUUUUCAAUACUGAUACGCAAAUAUUAAUAAAACAAUUAGAUGUUAUUCAAAAAUCCAAUAAUAUCGAAACGGCAUCAUCUCAAGUUAAAAUUGAUUGGGAUAAAACUGAUCAAUUGUUGGCAAUUCCAGUAGAGAACACAAUUCAAUUUUACGAAAGUCACGAAUGGACACGAAUGAAAGAGUAUAAAAAUAAUACAAACGAUGGAAUAAUUCAUUUAGCAAGUUAUUCACCAUGUAGAACGUGGUUGAUUGUGACCUAUGUUAAUGGUCAAUUAUCCAUUCUUAACCGUCAAACAUUGGAUGUUUGUAUGAAUUAUUCAUCAACAUAUUUUGUUUGUUCAUUAGCAUGGAAUCCGAAAGAACCACAUCGAUUCACAUGUGUAACAAUGGCGGGAGAGCAUGCUCAUGUUAAUAUAUUAGAAUGUUUAUCAAAACCAACACUAACUUCAUCGGAGAAAAAAAAAAAUGAAUUUGAAAAAAUAACUACAAAUAGCGAAGAAUAUGAUAUCGAAUCAGUUUCAAAUGACAUUCAAACUGUAUCAGAAAACAAGAAAGUAAUUCCUACACGAUUGGAACAUGCAUCAUCAAUGUUAACUGAAACAAAACCAGUUGAAUUUCAAGAAUCAUUUCAAUCAACAUCAACAUCAAAAUAUCUUCAAAGUCGAUUUUUACUUUGGAAUAAUAUUGGCGCAAUUACUUGUCAUGAUGAAAAAAUCAAAAUAUCAUUUCAUGAUAAAUCAUAUCAUGAUUCAAUAACAAUUGAUAAUAAAACAUAUAAAUAUUCAGUUGCAGACUUAUCAUUAUCAGCUGUUGUUCUUGGUUCAUCACAAACAGGAAAAUUAUAUUGUAUUUUAUAUCAAUCAUUGAAUUCAGAUAUGCGUGAAUGGACAAUGAAUAUUGAAAACAAUGACAAAGUUGAAUUAGUUAGUCUAGGUGAAGAUUUUCUUGCUGUUGCUACAUCACAAAGAUUCGUUCGAGUAAUGAAUUUAUCUGGUACUCAACAGCAAAGUAUUUGUCUUCAAGGUCCAAUUGUUUCUAUGUCUAUCUAUCAAAAUCAAUUUUGGAUAAUUCAUCAUUCAAUACAAGAUUCUCUGAAAGAACAAACAAUAUCGUAUAUUUAUACAGAUAAUAAAAGUACUCAUCAUAUAACAGGAUUAUUACCAUUGAUAUCAAAAUUAAUUUGGAUGGGAUUUUCUGAUAGUGGAAAAUGUUAUUAUCUAGAAGAAUCUGGACAUUUAAGUAUGCUUCGACAUACAAACAAGAAUGAAUUUGAAUCCGUAUUGAUUUUAAAUCUUAAACAAGAAGCUAACAAAAAUAAUGUGACAGAUUAUUGGUUAUUAAAAAUAAGUGAUUUCGAUGAUAAAUUUCAAUUACAUGUUAUUGAACUUCAUGAACGAUCAUUUCCUAAUAUUGUUCCAUGGCCAGUUGUUUCAAUUAUUUCUCCUUCUCUUGCUUUAUCUCAACUUGAUACAGAAGAAACUCAACUUAAAAGUGAUUAUUUCACAAAGAAAUCACUUAAUCGUUCACCAUAUGGUUCAUCAGAUGAUGAAGAAUAUUUACAUAAUAAACGACCACGUGUUGUAACUAAUGCUAUCAUAAAUAGAGUAAAAUGUGCUGUUAAUGUGAAACAGGGCAAGUCAGGUAUAUCAACAACUACAAUAACAACUGAUAAAAUUGCGGGUUGUUUAUUUUAUCUGAUUGAUGGUGUUUUGAAGAACCAGAAUUUUGUUUACUUGUAUCAUAGUGAUUAUGUUCUUGAUCGAAAAAAUAAAUUAUUUGACAAUUUUAACUUGUUAUUAUCUUUAUUUGUUCGUGAAUUAAAAAUGUUUUUAACAAGUGAAUAUGGUUUUAAUGUAAAUAUAGAUGACCUUGAAGGAUUGAGAUUGUUUGUUGGAGGUGGGAUCAUGGAUGACCGAAAUCCAGAGAGGGAGGCCAUAUCUUUGUUGAGUAAUUCAAAUGAUUCAACAUAUGAAAAAAUAACAUCUUUACUUGCCGGUCAACAUCAACAUUUAUCUUUAUUUAAAAAAUUGGUCAAUCGAACAGUUAUUAUUAAACCUGUAGCAUAUGAUUGGACAGAAGAAGAACAACAAGAAGCUGAAUCUAAUGACCGUGAUCUUAUUCUACCAUCCCGCCUUGAACUUCUUUAUGAUUGUCAAUCAAAAAUGGGUCAAAUAAUAGUUGAAUGGAAUGAAGAAGAAAAUCAAUUAGAUCUGGCUCACAUGAACUUUAAUGUUUUACAAAAAACAGAAGAAGAGUACAAAUGGGCUAUCAAUGCCAAUGUUAUUAACAAGAAAAAUAAUUUUGAUAAUGUUACACAAGAAAUAUUAAAAAAAGCAUUAUCAUAUAUUUCAUCAAAUUCUUUUUUUAUUUACUCACCAUCAUCAACAAGCUUAAAUCAUGACUAA